GUUGGGUGGAAUUCAGCACAGCGAGUCCACUUUCGGGACAGCACCGGGUCAGUGGGGAACCACGCCACUGGGAGAUUAUGUGAGGCCUAAAGCUUUCCUCGCUAUCAUCCCAGGAGCUGAUUUGUGGAGGAAAAUGAGUCCAAACUGAUCCGUUUAAGAGCAAAGGAACUGCUCAGUCUGUACUUGUGACUCAUGGAUUCCCUCGCUGUCCCUAGUCCGUCCUCUUCAAACUCAGAAGACGAGCCCCCCGAUCACACUCCAGCCUCGGAGUCCACCCGCCACACCUCCCACACCGGCAAGCAGGACGGGUUCAGCGACUUGAGCUACGGAGUCUUGGUGGCCUGGGACCACCUCAGGCCCUUCAUCCCCUUCUUCCUCAUCAGCUUCAUGGUCGUGGUCCUCGUCUACCUGAUGCAGGCCAUCAUCUUCGGGGGGCCCUUCAAGGACCCGCACUUCUUUGUCAAGUUCAACGAGCGCUGGCCGAGGCCCGCUGCGAACCAAAAGGACUCUCCAACCACUUCCCCGUUUUUCAGUCCGGUCCCCUCCUCGUCCUUUGAGCAAGUCCUCUCUGAACUGCACAGAGACAACGAGACAAUGUGAACUGGAGGAAAUGUUUCUUUUUACUUUGGAUACGAGCAAGAAGGACUCAUCGGGGAUUACACCAGGUUUCAGUGCUAUUAAAAGCACACCGACUGAUACUUUGACUUUCUUUAUGAGUAAUUUAUUAUUGGUUGUAUGUGUGGUGCUGUAUAUGUUAACCUUCCUGUCCUUUUUAACCCAGGACUAGUUAUGUUACGGGUUGAAAAACACCAACGUAAACUGGUUGAACAUUUUCCAUCAGCAUGGCUGCAUCAGGUGCUUCUUAAAUCAAGAGCAACUUGAAUCAAUCAGUGUCCUCCUGUGUUUUUCACCUGGGCCAUGAUCAUGUAACGACCUUUUCAAUUUGACCGUGCUGCAAUUUAUUAAUGUAGUUUGUCUCUGUAGUAAUGUUUUAAUUAGAAAGUGUGGCUGCCUGGUACGUACAGUCUGGAGCAGUGGCUGUGAGUAAACACUAUUCUCCUGAAGCUAAUUGGAGCUUUAGCAGUCUGGUGGACAAAUGAAGGGAAUCUUGUAAAGUUAAAGUCUUCUCUGUACAAAAUUCCUGCUGUUGUGACUAUCGCUCCACCAUAGCUCAGCUAGCAAACAGAGGGAACGUUGUAUUAUACAGACUUUAACUUUGGAAGUUACCAACUUGAUUUGGUGAAACCUCGUAUAAGCUUCAGCUGGACUUCAGAGGUCAUUUUGCACAGGACUGUUUGUCGCAUAUAAACUACUGUAGCUACUUUAAAGACAUCAUUGGUUUGGUGUACUAUAAUGUAGAAACCAUUUGUCAUCUCUCACAGGUAGACUGGCACAUUAUAUAACGCGUUAGGAUGCCUGUAACACUAUCAUAUAUGUUUACACUAAUACUCAAACAGAGGCCGGGGGUUGACGGGCAGCUUGGUAGCUGUGUACAAGACAACAUACAGGUGGACAAUUAACACAUUAUAAUGUUUUAUUAUAUCUCCGUGUCUCAGUAUAGAGUGUAUAAUGUGCCAUUUAUAGUGCUUCGCCACAAUCCACCAUAGAAACGAAAAGAGUAAUUUACUUUUGCUGAACAGCAGCUACAGUGAGGGUUAAUGUUAAAUAUUAAAUAUAGUGUAGCACAAGAUAAGUCAACACACCACCGAAGUCCCAGUUACACUGAAAUAUAUACCAAAACAUUAGCCACAGUAUGACACACCAGACCAAGUCAUGGUUAAUACUGAGUAUACAGAGUUUAGCAAUGGUGUUUAUUGCUUUUUAACUUUUCUUAAAGUAGCAAAAGUCAAAGCCAUUAUCAUUAUCCAAAAUGUCCCAAUUAUUGUGUAAAUCACUUUAAUGUUGCUGCAGGUAAAGAUGGGGAUACUUUUAAUUACAUUUUUACAUUUUAACUUAUAAUAUGCCACAAUGCAUUAGUUGAUUUGUAUUUUGUAUUAAUAAUAUACAUUUGUAAAGUAACUAGUGACAAUCUUCACUACAAUUAUUUUAAGUAAUUGUAGUGGAGAUGUAAAAAGUACAAUAUUUGCCACUAAACUGGAGUGUAGAAGAAGUGUAAAGUAGCAUAAAUUGGAAAAGAUCACCUCAAAAUUGUAAGUACAGUACUUGAUUAAAUGAAGGCGAAAAGGGAAGUAGCAGAAGUGAACUAUCUCGUGUUUAAUGUUGUGUCUUUACUCUUUGACUGUGGUACCUGACCGUUGGCCGUGCGGAGACAGGCCCGCCCCCUGGUGGCGGAGCGAUACACGACAGUGUACCGCUGCCCCUUGACGACCACGCUGACCUGUGGAUGACCUCCUCCCAAAAACGGGCAGAAGAAAACAACUAAAAACUAAAAUAAUAUACUGUCUGUUGAUCCCACUUUGAUACACAUCACUUUUAACACAACCCAAUGUUGUUUCUUUGACGUAGGAACGGAUUUAUAAGGAGCUUUGAGACGCAGUCACAGUCGUGUGGAAAGACAUAUUUGCAACCAAGGCAAACUUUCUUCACCGUCUUCAUUAAUUCGUCGUCACUGUGCUGCUCCUCUGAAGUUGAUGGGGAGAUGUGGUGCUACCAGAAACCGGGGUUUGAAGCCCUGCUCCUCGCUGAGCUGCAGAGACAGCAGCAGUGCAGCCAGUUCUGUGACACUCUGCUCGAGACAGACGGUGUAUCAGUGCCGGCACACAGUUGUAUUCUCUCGGCCAUCAGCCCCCACAUCUCCUCGGCUCUGUCCUCCUCGCCGCCGCCCCCUGCGGGACAGAGCCGUCUGUUGGAGUUUCGGGCUCUCGGCGCCUGCACCCUGCUCCACAUGGUCGGACUGCUGUACUGUGGAGAGAUGGCCGGGGAGGGGGAGAAGGAGAAGCAAGAGGCUAUUACCGCUGCAGCCAAGCUGGGCAUCCACGGGCUGGUGGAGGUCACGAAAAGAGAUGGCGAGGACAGAAAUGAGGAGGUGAGCUGGCGCACGGAGGUAGGAGUGCAGACAGAGCCACUGAUGCCUGAGGAGAAUGAAGGGAGCCCGAGGAGGUGGAGGAGAGAAGUGACGGAUGGGAGCCCCUUCCUGUGGAGAGAGACGCUGUCAGACGGUAAGAAAGACACAUGGACUCAGACAGAGCAGCUGCAAGUACAUUCAGGUCCUCCUCCUCACCCAGCAGCCUCCUUUGAGACCAUCGACAUGACCGCUCUCCAGGGUUUAGGAGAGACCGACGCCCAUCUUGCUCCCCCUCAAAUCCCCUACAUCCCCAUAUCCUUCGUCUACCCACUAGAUGAAAACCAAAUACACCAACCUUCAUCUGCUCUCACGGUCUCCAUGCAAGGAUCCACAGCAGCUGGACACAACUUCGCCCCCCCACCCCUGCUUCCUUUCUCCAGCUGUGUGACCACAGGUCCUGUCAGGGAUGUCACAGCAGUUGAAGAAUGGGGGGACGAGCGGUUAGAGCGGUUUCAAGGCAACAUCCCAGGAUACAUCAGCUACUUCCUGAACCCGGAUAAGGGGGAGGGUUUCGGUAGGGGGCGAGCGAGGCAGGGUGUAGGAGUGGGAGGAGCCAGGAGAGCUGGGACGGGUGAGAAAAGAGCCAGGACACCACGAGCAAGAACGGGAGGGAGAGGGAGAGGAGGGUUGACGCAGACGGUGGAUGUUCAGGAGGUGGGGGUGAGCAGGCUGCAGAAGUUGUUCCUGCAGAGGUGGGGGCCGUCCAGAGCGGGUCAAGGGGGAGGAGCCGUAGGCAGGAAGCUGCACCUGAAGACCAGAGAGCUUCUGAGAUCCAUGAAGAGCAGUCAGAGGAGAAGAGGGCGAGGCAAAGUGUGGGAGUUCAGCCCGAGUGGAGACGCGCUGCCCUACAGUGUGGGAGGACGAGCUAACACGCAGCAGUCUAACCAGUUACAGGACGGUCUUCCUGUUGGCAGGGCGAGGGCCAACCCUACAGCACCCGUUUCCUUUCCUUCCCCUCACAUACGAUUCUACAACGUCCAGACCUUAUCUGCCCUCAGCCCCUCCCUCCAGCCUUCUCCGUCACCUGCAGCCUCCUACGUGCCUCCAGCAUCGCCCUUCGUCCUCAGCACCUCCCUCCCUCCUCCUGCUCCUCCACCUCACGAGGAACAGCCCGAACACUUUGAUCGUCUACUGGAGGAAGUGAUGAUGGGCCUCGACAUUCUACCGAACAACAACAACAGUGCUCCACAUUCUCAGCCUCCUCUUCCAACAGGGAGCAGCAGUUACGCCUCCUGUGGCGAUACGUUAGUCCAAAACAAACACCGUGACCGCUCCAGUGGCCUCCUGGAAGCAAGUCCAGCUUUUCACGGGUCCACGCAGGUUGUUGCUAAAGCAAGAGGAGAUGUCAGCUCCCACCGUGAGCCGCCCGCUCUGCAGCAGCAAUGCGAGGGAGAGCUGAAUGAGAUGCUGGACCACUUCCUCCAGUCCUUUGAGCAGGAUGUUGACAGCUGCACUGCGAGGGAAGAGGUGGAGACGGGUGGUCAGAGCCGCUCAGAGGCGAGCCAGCCUUACACCGGCCUGAGCAAGUACAGAAAGAGCAAGACGAACGGACACUCUCAAAUAACGGAACUGCAUCAGAGGGAUGAAGCGGAAAAAACGGCGAGAGGUUCACAGCCCUGCAAGACUCCUGCUCUCCCCGCCGCUCCUCCCAAAAGCACAGAGGAAGCACCAGCCAAACAACGGAAGAGGGGAAGAAAAAAUGAGUAUCUGUUCUCACUGGAGAAAAAGAGGGUGAGGGGGAGGAAGCCGGUGUCAUCGAGUGACGCAAAGAGAGACGAGCAGCUGCAGCAGAGGCCUGUGGUGGAACUGGAGAGGAGUGACCAGCUGCCAGCCAGAGUUACGCUGCAGAAACACAGCUGUGUGGAAGUCCAGAGUCCUGCAAAAGCAAAGAGCAGCUCAUCAUCAGUGAAACACCCACGGGACUCCCUGAGCACAAAGAAGUACCCAAUCAGGAGUAGGCUCACAGACGCACAUGUCAGGGACAGUUCGCUCUUUCUUGAGGAGCCACUUCGGAUUAAACGUCGUCCCUCAGAAGGCCGACCAAACUACAGUCGAGACGAGCCCAGUAAAGAAGUGCAACUUCUCAGUUUAUCUAACGCUGAGAGUUCAACGCCACCAAUCCAGCCGCAGCCUGUGGAGCCCCGGGGCUCAGACGAACAACUAGAGAAACAUCAAGAGAGACAGGAAGAAGAAGCAGAGGGAGCUACGAAGAGGGGAGCCGAGUCAGAGGAGGUGACAAGUGACGAAUCCACUGUGGUCAAGAGGAUUUGCUUUACACUAACCAGUGUAAGAGAUCGUUUAAUAUUAGAAGACCGAGGAAAGAAAACAAUGUGGAGUGAACUCAGACGAGCUGAGGAGAUGGAGGUAACCGAGGUGGACGGAGACCCUGAAGGGGACCGCUGCCAGAGCAGCAGAGCGUCGACUCUGUCAGAUUUUGUGACUUCUGUUUCACCGUCUUCACUCUCGGCAAAAGACUUCCAUCUGCGGUCGACAGGAAGCUGGGAAGAGGACAAAGACGAGGACGUUAAUGUGAUCGGCGGCUCCAGGCCCGCCCCCGAGCCGGUGAUCCCCAGCUGGACUGAGUCUUCAGAAGGUGAAGAGGAGGACAAAGACGAGGACGUUGAUGUGAUCGGCGGCUCCAGUCCCGCCCCCGAGCCGGUGAUCAUCAGCUGGACUGAGUCUUCAGAAGGUGAAGAGGAGGACGGAGACGGGGACAUUGAUGUUGUCGGAGAAAAGACAGACUACGCUUUAUCUGCGGUCUUCGCUACGGUGAGUAAAGGUGAGCUUGUGAACUUACAUCAGCACCUGUGACAUUUCCUACUCGUCGUCUUCAGUUCAUGUUAUUUUUUCAGGAAACGUUCAUGUAGCUGUGAGUUAAAGACAAUGUGAUAUCAGCGUAAAUGUUUUUAUUGUGUUCAAACACUGACAAUCACAUGAUUCCACCAAAGUUCAGGAAGAGAAGAGGUGUGAGCAACAUGUUAGCUGUUUGUUUAGAUUGAUAAGACGUGCAUCAUAAUGCAGAAAGAAGCUUUCAUCAGCAACAAGCGAACAUCACUGGUGUAUAUGCAGCGUUUGAGUUUCAGCUCCUCAGUUCACAGACGAUCAUUGGAAAACUGUCCGACGUGACGGGGAUCGUUCAUUUCUUUGUACUUUAAAGAUAUUUAGCUGUUGAUUUUAUGUAAAAAGUUGUCACUAACUAUUGUUGAGCAGAUAUUUUCAGCAAAGUUUGUUUUAACUGUCAAGUGUUGAAAACAAAACCAACCGAACAGCUUAGAAAGAAGAAAACGAAAAAUCAUGUUCAUGCACCGUUAGUUGUAACUUUGACUGUUUUAGUUGUAAAUAUGAUUAAUAAUGUCGUCCUCUGUUCAGCCACAGUUUGUAAAUGUUUUACUCUCAGGUUAUGUUUGUUAAUGUUCCUCAC